CGGCGAACCAGCCAGUGAGGGAGGAAGUGUUAGGGUGUGAGUUGCAGAGUCUGUGCUUGUGUUUGUGUGUGAGCGCGUGUGAAUGUGUGUGUGUGAGUUGCAUUUUUUUGUCGGUGCAAGGAAACGCAGCCAGUGCUCCUCUGCCUCUCUUUGGACUAUACCACUAACAGGGACUCACCCUUUGGACUAUCCCGACGCUUCCUCCUCCUCUUGCCUUUGAAGGGAACACCUGUGUGUGUCGUGUGAGUGUGUUUGUGUGUAUGUGAUAGCACAGACAGUGGACUUAGCCCUGGUGAACAGGGCGAGUGGAUGACUUCAGUGGAUGAGGAUUUGGCUGGUGGAAAGAGGGGGACUGCUGACCAUGGACUCCCCUCACUUGUGAACGGGGGCGGUGAGGAGGAGCGGGUUUGUCCGGUCAUCAUGUGCACGCGGGCCUAUCCUGACCCUGUCCCUGAGUGCCAGCUGUUCCCUGGAGAGGUGGAGGAGCCUGAGGAGGAGGUGGCCAACGAGGGUAGGGAAAGGGAAUCAGACAGAGACAGUGCUGUGGAGAGCACACAAGGAUCAGACACCUCAGAGGGACUAACCAGACCAGGGGACAAGGAAGACGCACUGGGGGACCUCUUCUUUCCUGGGGAGAAGUGUGGACAAACUAGCAUCUCAGUGACCUCUGACCUAUCAACACGUUCUUCGGCUUCUCUCAACGAAGAGCAGUUUGAGGACUACGGAGAAGGGGAAGAACCAGACUACACUCCCAGCAGCCCCAGUCCAGACGACGAGACUCGAACCAACGGGUACUCUGACCUCGGUUCAUCUGUUCCCUCUAGUGCGGGCCAGACUCCUCGUAAGGUGCGUCAACAUUACACCGGUGAGCUGAUGGAUGUCUACUGUUCUCAGUGCAGCAAAAAGGUCAACCUGCUGAAUGACCUGGAGGCUCGCCUUAAAAACCUCAAGGCUAACAGCCCCAACAGAAAAAUCUCCAGCACCGCUUUUGGAAGGCAGCUGCUCCACAAUAGCAACUUGAGUAGCAGCAACGGCAGUACAGAGGACCUUUUCCGAGACAGCAUCGACUCCUGUGACAUCGACAUCAAUGAGAAGGUGAGUUUUCUGGAGAAGAAGGUGGCAGAACUGGAAAAUGAGAUUUUGUUGAAUGGUGAUAUCAAGUCCAAGCUGAAGCAGGACAACACACAACUAGUACACAGGGUUAAUGAGCUGGAGGAGCAGCUGAAAGACCAGGAGACACGCGCAGAGCAAAAUAUGCAGGAGGAGCUAAGACGACACAGAGAAGCCUACAGCAAGAUGGAGAGAGACAAAAACACACAGAUUGAGCUUCUGACAAACCGAGUUAAGCAGGUGGAGGAUGACAACAAUCAGAUGUCUGUUAACAUGUGCCGGCUCAGGUCACAAACAGAGAAACUGGAUGAGGAGAAGCAAAGGAUGACAGACAAGCUGGAAGACACCAGUUUACGUCUGAAGGAUGAGAUGGAUCUCUACAGGAAGAUGAUGGACAAACUGAGACAGAACAGACAGCAGUUCCAGAAAGAGAAGGAGGCCAUGCAGGAGCUGAUAGAGGACUUGCGUCGAGAGCUGGAGCAUUUGCAGCUCUUCAAGCUGGACGCAGAGAGGCCUGGCCGCAGCCGCAGCUCUUCCUCCAGCCUGUCAGACUUUAACAACAGGACCAGGGAGGUGGAGCUGGAGCACGAGGUCAAGAGGCUCAAGCAGCGAUUUGUGUCCCAGGACUUUCUUCCCUCUGAAUUCCAGCACCUGGUGUUGUCUGGGGCGCUGCUCCGUCCUGGUCUUAUGGAGAACCAGCGACUCAAGGAGCAAAACGAUGAGCUGAAUGGUCAGAUCCUCAGCCUUAGCCUAUAUGAAGCAAAGAAUCUGUUCGCCACACAGACUAAGGCCCAGUCUCUUGCUGCUGAGAUAGAUAAUGCCUCCAGAGAUCAGUUAAUGGAAGCCCUAAAGGAGCAGGAGGAGAUCAACUUACGCCUGCGACAGUACAUGGACAAAAUCAUUUUGUCCAUCUUGGACCACAACCCCUCCAUCCUGGAGAUCAAGAACUAGCAGUGACUCAACUGGAAUGAGAGUCGCUCUUGACUUCAGGAGACUGAGGAUCAUUCCAGUUGUCUUACCAGAACUUGCAACCUGAGUCAGGAAUCUGUACAGGAAAACAGAGGAAACCAGUGGCAGUCUUGAAAAGUGGAAGAUUUUUAACUGGACACACAUCUCCCCCUGCUGUUUGUUGGCUGAAAAUAACUUAUUUUGCAGAGAUAGUAAAAGAGGUACAAUGGACUAAAGGGAGUUUUUUCAGCCAGUGAUUGCUCACUGACUGAUGGUCAUACUACUGUGACUCUUCAACUUGAUAUAACCUGUUCUGUUUUUAAUCUUUGUCUAUGCUGUGAACUAAAAUACUGUCACAACUUUGAUCUCAAAAGACAAAACUGCUGAUUUCUUCUGGGAUGCUUCAGGAGGUACACUGGACAUUGGAAUAAAAACUGGAACAAUGUAACAAACUGGACAUGGGUUUUUUUCUGUAUCCUGGCAUAGUAUUAGUUGUAUUAUCCACAGACACACAGUUUGAUAUGGUGUACAUUUUUAGAAAAGUACAGUAAGACAGAUGUAGAAGCUGGCAAGCAACUAUAAACCCAACUCUCUGAGGCAUAACGGCAGACCAGUCAAGUGUUGCCUGAUCUGUAAACUGCCAGUCUUAUCUGUCAUGUACUGUAGAUGUUCUCGGAAGAACACAUGUUGAUGGCGCAUUUGGACAGGCACGUUUUAAGAGAAGAUUGAGACAAGUGGCUAACGUGGUCAGAGAAAGAAAACAAGAAGAAGCCCUUAAGAUUUUAAGACAGAAAGAAAGAGUAACACACCUCUUCUCUAAAGAGGUGGGGGAGUCAGAUAAUGGACCGUGUAUGCUGGUUAAGGAGGGUUUUAGUGAAGUUGGUGAGUGUUCAUUGAAAGUGAUGACUUUUGUUGACCCUUGAGAACAUGUCUUCCAGGAACCUUGCAACAGAACAUGCCAUGUCAAUCAAUUCAACGGUGAACAUUUUUCACUGAGAAAUGGCCCUUGUUUGGUUCAGAUGAACAGUAGAGUGUCACUUUAUGGAGCAGAAGCUGCAACCAAGGAGUGUCUUUUAACUGUAACUUCCGUGAAUGCUAUUUGCUUGCAGAGCAUUAGCUUGGAAAGGUGCACUGUUGCUAGCAAUAGACCCAAUGAUGUUGCACAGAAAUGUUAUGAUAUGAAUGUACAGGAUGUGUCGUGGAUUUAGGUUGUGACUGCACUGAGAUUGUUUCAGUAGCCAGUGUAACUUGGUUUACUGAAUCAUUGCUCAAUGUCUCAAUGAAAUCACCUCAGAUACUGGACGUGAGCAUGCACAGGAGACUCACUUUUUGGUACAACAGUCUACAUUAGCAAUCUCAUUGAAGCCUGUAGGUUGCAGAUUGUAAUUGAAGCCCCAAUGGCUCUCGGAAACUCUCUGAUACUGUAAAUAUCAUGAAUGUACAUCUUGAUAUUUUACUCUCUGUGUGGCCAAAAAAAGGCUUUUUUGAAUUUAAAUCUCUGUAAUUGGUUAAGAUAUGUUGUAACACAUAUGUACAGUAUACAGUACUGUAAUGAAGAGAGCAUUGCUUAGAAAUGGGAAAACAAUUGCAAUCUGCUGUAUUAUGUAAUAAGUCUAAACUUGAGUUUUGCUUCAUUGCACAAAAAAUGUUUGGUUCCUUUUGCAUGAUUCACAUUUUCUUCUGUCUGUGCCUUUUGAGAACAUUUUUCAAGAUGAUGUUGCUAUAGAUUUACACAGUUUUUCAAGGUACGUUCUAUGUCUACGUCUGACAUAUUUUCUUGACUUGUAAAUGUUGUAAUUAUAUAGUGAUAAUUUGUAUUCAUGUGCCACUCACCACUCUUUUUCAUAUUGUUACUAAGAUAUCUAUUUUAUACAGUUUUAUCAGAAAAGAAAUUGUGAUUGUGUCCUAUUAGUAUAACAGCAUAGCACAAAGCAUUAUAUGGUACGCAGGCAAGAUUAGCAUUUUGUCAAUCUUAUAAUUGUAUGAAGCUGUGGGCGAAUGUUUUGUUGCAUUUCUUAAUUUUUUCAUAGAAAGUCCAUUGCUUUUCAAUUUGCUCUAAACUGGAAUUUUAUAUGGUUGUAAACUGUCUUCCUAACUUAAACUAAAUGGUGAGCAUUAUGAGCAAUAUUAACUUAUUUACCAAUACCUGCUGAUUUGUGUCCUGUUUUGCUUCACAAAUCAUCUCGGCCACUUGUGCCACUCUAGAUUUGAAAAAAUAAAAGGGUACAUUGAGCUAUAAAAUUUGUCACAAACUCAUUACUUGCAGCUCUUAAGUUAUGAAUUAUUAGGGCUAUCAAAUAUGUUGUAGUUACUAUAAGCAGAACAUGGCAAUAAAAAUGGCUUUGGCAGUGAUGCUGUCUCGUGAAAUUUCUAUCAUUUUGAUCAACAUUUAUUUCUUCUCAUUUCCAUUUAUACAGUAUAAUAUCAUUUCUAUGAUAAUAAACCACUUAUUUUUUGCCUACAGUGUAUGCUGCUGAUGUCAUAGCUGUCAUUGUAAUGUACAUACUGUGCUGUAAAUAAAAACAUUUGU